CCCCAAUCAUCAUCUAACCUUUCUAGCUAGCAAGCUAAACUUGUUCCAUCUCAAAGAAGAAAAUUCAAAUUCUCGAACAGAUUGAAAAUUCCAAAUUUGCUUUCUUUGUUGUUUUUCCCCAACGCACCUUCCUUUAAUCUCUUUCUGCCAAAAAAUUCCAGUGGUGGGACGUACUGUUUAUGUGAUGGAGUCUCGGAUACUUUUCGUCAUCUUAUGUACUCAUCUCUUCUGCGCCACCACCAUCGCCGCCGCCGACAGCAUAGAUGUCAACUAUGAAUACCAUAUCUGCGGAAGUGCCUGGAAAAACUACACCCAGAGCAGCACAUAUCACAACAACCUUAACACACUCCUUUCCUCCCUCUCGAACAGGUUGGACGAAUACGGAUUCUACAACGGGUCAGUCGGGCAGGAUCCCGACAAGACAAACGCCGUCGUCCUCUGCAGAGGGGACAUAGACAUCGAAACGUGCCGUAACUGCGUUACGGACGGAGCGCAGAGGAUGACGGGGUUAUGUCCUUUUCAAAAGGAGGCCUUCCGUUGGUACAACGUUUGCAGCAUAUAUUACUCUGGUGACGACUCCAUCAUAGGCUCUGUGACGAUCACCCCGAAUAUCGUACAAUACAGUGACAUCUCUGUCUCCUUGAAUCCUACUCGGUUCAAUCAGUACUUGAAAAGCUUGGUGGAUGGAUUGAUGAGAAAAGCCGCUAAUGGCGGUCCGAUCCUCAAGUUUGCGGCGGACAUUACGACGACGCCGGACCAGCAGACCAUUUAUGCGUACGUGCAGUGCACCCCUGAUUUGUCCGUACGGAACUGUAGUGAUUGUUUGACCACUGCUUUCAGCAACUGGUCGGGAUCGCCGGGGAACGGCAGGAUUGGGGCGAGAUUUUUAUGUCCGAGUUGCUUUUUCCGGUAUGAGAUUAGCCCCUUCUUUGAUUACACGCUGAUUACGAAUCCUUCUUCACCACCACCGCCCUUAGUACCGCCCCUUGGCUCAGGAAAGGGUGGUAGUAAAAGAACAAUAAUCACUAUUGUAGUUUCAAUUGCGGCGGGACUUAUUGCGCUUAUUAUUUGUACUUUUAUCGUACUAAAGAUAAGACGCAAAAAGAUGGCGCGGAACUACUCAGAAGUUAAAGAAAAUGACUCAUCUAUUGAUGAAGUUAAUAAAGAGGAGUUUACACAAUAUGACUUCAUUACCAUUAAAAAUGCAACUGAAAACUUCUCGGAUGAAUGCAAGAUAGGACAGGGAGGAUUUGGAGCUGUAUACAAGGGUAAACUUGACAACGGACUGGAAGUUGCAGUGAAGAGACUGUCGCAAGCAUCCAAUCAAGGAAAUCAAGAAUUCAAAACUGAGGUAGCUUUAGUGGCAAAGCUUCAACAUAGGAAUUUGGUCAGGUUGCUUGGAUUUUGCCAGGAAGGAACAGAAAUGCUCCUUGUCUAUGAAUUUGUUCCCAAUGGUGGCCUAGACAGGAUGCUAUUUGAUCCUGCAAAUUGUGGAUACUUGCAUUGGGGCAUACGCUAUAAAAUCAUCGAAAGCAUUGCUCGAGGGCUUGUUUACCUGCAUGAAGACUCCCGCUUUCGCAUUAUUCAUCGUGAUCUCAAAGCCAGUAACAUUUUGCUUGAUGCGGAUUUGAAUCCAAAAAUUGCAGACUUUGGAAUGGCUAGGUUGUUUGCUAAGGAUGAAACUCAAGGCUCUACUAGCAGAAUAGUUGGAACCUAUGGAUACAUGGCACCAGAGUACGUAUGGCAUGGUCAAUGUUCUACCAGAUCGGAUGUUUACAGCUUUGGGGUGUUAGUCCUGGAAAUUAUAAGUGGACAGAAAAACAAUGAAUUUCAAAUUGAGGAAUCUAUGGCUGACCUUCUAAGUUAUGCUUGGACAGAGUGGAGAAAUGGAGGGGCCUCGAGUGUGAUAGAUCCAAUGUUGGUGGGUGAAUCAAGUCCACUGCCUGACAUAGCCAAAUGCAUCCACAUUGCGUUAUUGUGUGUUCAACAUAAUGUUGCACAUAGACCAACAAUGACUGCCGUUGUUCAAAUGCUAAGUAACUUGUCUAUGAGCCUUCCAGUUCCUUCAGUCCCUGGAUUUUCCGUUCAUAGCAGUGUCACUAGUUCAGAGUCUUCCACCAGCCUCCAGUUUUCAAAGAAUGAAAUGUCAAUUAGUGUGCAGCUCCCCAGAUAGAGUGGUAUAUGUUAUUGUCAACCUCGUGAAAAGUAGGAGAGAAUUAUUUUGGGAUUGGAAGCAAUCCUUGUUUAGAUGGUUGGAGCUGAGAUGACUUGCCUUAACUUUUCAAGUUUACCAUGUAACAUUAUUUUGAAAUAUUUGAAUUAAUCAAAUAAUAAUGUCCCAUAAGUGUGGUGCAAUGAUGGCGGAUAUUGUAACGGUUUCCGUUACAAGAGCCACCUUGAUGGUAGGUGGCUAUAUAAGUGCUCCAUGGUCCUCCCACUCCUCCUAUCACAACAUACAUUCACAUGUAUGCUUAGCUCUAUAACCGAAUAGGCUCUAAGCAAUAUACACCAUCUAGAGUGAGGAGUGAAGUGGGAGACGAAAAGGAUUUCCGGUGUUCUUCCACGUUCUUCGACCGUUCAUCAACAAUAUGGCUGGAGGUUAGCGAUCCUAUUAUUUCCGCUGCGUUGUUAUGAUUUUAGGCUAACAUUUGGUAUCAGAGCCUGUUUAAUCUCUGCCUAUUUGUUGUAUGAACAUCAUGAAUUUUAUAUGAACAUUCGGUAUAUACAUGUUCAUAUAUGUGUUCAUCAC